ACUCAAAAGUCAAGCUUCCGCUUAAACUGGUGUUAACGCUAUUUCCGUCUUGUUUGUUUUUCACGCGCAGUGAUCCGUAAGCAAGAAAAAGCAUCAAAAUUAUCAUGUUUGAACACAGCCACCUUACUUUCCGCUUAGCCCUGGCCUUACUGGCCGCCACCUUUGGGACCUGGUUCACGCACAGUUUCAGCAUGUCGGCUCUCAACGUUCCGCAGUUUAUCGUGCAGAACUGGAUCCGCUCCGUCAAAUGCCAUCGUUUCGGUGGCAUUUUCCGCGGCAACUAUAUCACCGGCAAUUUAACCAACGCCGAUUACUUCACCAACGCCACUGCCGAUCCUACCCUGGCGCUGUGGUGUAGCGCCAUCCCAUCUCAACAAAAAGCGCGGGUGCUGAGUGAUAACACGGAACUGAACACCCUGUGGGCGUUGUUUUCCUCCAUGUUGUGCGUCGGCGCCCUCUUCGGGACGCUGCUGACCAAUCCCCUGAUCCGCUGCGUCGGGGUCAAACGGUCUCUGAUGUGCGGAGCUGUGGUGCUGGCCGCCGGUUGCGUCAUGUGUUCGUUCGCACCACUGGCGGCAGCGUGGGAGCUCUUUCUCGUCGGACGGAUUGUCAUAGGACUGGGAAUCGGGGUGGGCUCCGUGGUAGCCCCUGUCUAUACGGCGGAGAUCACCCCUCCGGACCUGCGGGGUGCCGCUGGAACCCUACCGCCGAUUAUGUACGUGCUGGGAUUAAUCGCCACCACGGCAAUCGGAUUCCCGUCGGCGCUGGGGACGGAAACGGGGUGGCCGUGGUUGGUCAGCGUUGUACUUAUCCCGGUGGCGGUGUCCUGUAUUGCGCUUCCAUUUUGCCCGGAGAGCCCGCGGUAUCUUUACAUGGAGAAUAACGAUGUGCAGCAUGCCACGGCAGCGCUGGCAUGGUUUCGUGGCACCUCCGACAUCCAGGACGAAAUCGAGCAGAUGCACAUGGAAGUUAACCACAUGAAAGGAAUGCGGAAGGUGUCGGUGUGGGGCCUCUUCACCGAUCCGUACCUGCGGAAAAUCACCGUCCUGACCGCCGUCCCCAUGCUGGUCCACCAGUUCUGCGGAUUCCAGUGCGUGAUUUUCUAUUCCACGUCCAUCUUCGACAGCGUGGGACUGCGACAGUUGUAUUCCGUAUACGCCACGAUGGGCGUCUGGUGCUGCUACUUCGCCUCGUUAUUCAUCUCGAUGUUCCUGGUGGACCGGUUGGGACGCCGGACAUUGCUGCUGAUCAGCCAGUGCGGGAUGAUCGUCGCCCUUAUCCUCUUUGUUAUUUUUGCUAGUAUAACGGAGAGCGGUGUCGAGGGAACGGAGUAUGGAAGUGCAGCGUGUCUGCCGUUCUUUAUUGUGUGCUUUGCGCUGGGCUCGGCGGCAAUUCCCUGGAUCCUCCCCGGGGAACUGUUUCCACAGGAGGCCCAUAGCUCCGCGGCCAGCUUUACUGCGUCAGUGUGUUGGGCGUCCGCCAUCCUGACGACCUUUUUGUUCCCGAUUGUGCAGCAUGCGGCGAAGCAGUACACGUUUCUGAUUUUUGCCGGUUUGGUCAUUCUGGGAACAGUGCAUGUGGCCUGGAAGUUGCCGGAAACUAAAGGAAAAACUAUUGAUGAGAUACAGACAUAUUUGCAUGAUGAAAGACUUAUUAGCGAGCAUGCGUUGCAUGAGUGAACGGCGCGCAACGCCCUGAGGGAAAACUGCGCUCGAUGCAUCUUUACUGAAAAGAACGGUUUUGCAAUAGGAGUCAAUGCUCCGUAGCAACGUUUGUCAUACAGUUUGCCUUUGUACCACUUUGCUGCUUUGUGGCAGCAGCCUGAAAAUUAAAGCGAUGGAA